AAACAAGAGCAGCAGCACAAGAUCUUACUUGAGAUGACAAAGCAACUAGCUCAGGAUUCAAUGCACCCUUUUUCAAAUGACUUAAGAUUCCCCCUCCUUCCCAUAGUAGCCUCACCAGUGAGUGAUGGAUACCGCAACAAAUCAACUUUCUCUGUCAACAUAGGGGUAGAUGGGAAUCCAAAAACUGUUGGAUUUUAUAUCGGCACUGGUAAAGCAGGCAACAUUGUCUGUGUCCACGGUGACCAUCUCCUGAACAUGCCUUCAAAACACAAGAUGGUUGCAAGGCACUAUGAAGAUUUUAUACGCCUCUCACCACUCAAACCAUGCAUUUUACUUCACGAUGGUGGUCACUGGAGAGAAAUCACGAUAAGAACAAAUUCCGCCGGUCACACGAUGGCCAUAGUUUACUUCCAUCCCCAAACCCUAACGCCUGAGGAGAUAGCCGUCCAUAAAGCUGCUCUGGUGGAGUACUUCACACAAGGUCCAGGAGCAGUUUGUCAACUGGAUUCUCUGUACUUCCAGGAGACCACAAUGACCCGUUGCAGUCAUGAACAAUCCCCCUAUCAGCUUCUGCACGGACAGCCCCAUAUCUUUGAGGAGGUGCUUGGCUUCAGGUUCCGCAUUUCCGCUGAUUCUUUCUUCCAGGUGAAUCGGGGCGCGGCAGAAGCUUUGUACAAGACUGUUGCGGAGCUGAAUCGGGCUUGUGUUGGGGGCACUCUGCUGGACGUCUGCUGUGGUACUGGAGCUAUUGGCAUUUCGUUAUCGCCACAGAUGGAGAGAGUCAUUGGCAUCGAGCUCAUUGAGCAGGCGGUUGAGGACGCCAAGUUUAAUGCAGCACUAAACAGAGUUCAUAAUUGUGAAUAUCUCUCAGGCAAAGCGGAAGUUGUUCUACCAAAUCUGAUGGCCACUUUGAAUUCUGACGGCGGGCUGAUAGCUGUUGUGAAUCCGUCCAGGGCUGGCCUACAUUAUCGAGUUGUCAGAGCCUUGAGGAACCACCCAGCCAUAAGAAGGUUUGUCUAUAUAUCAUGCAAACCUGAUGGGGAGGCAAUGAGGAACUUUAUAGGCCUGUGCAGUUCAGACUAUAAGAGGAAGAUCAUUGGAGAAGCCUUCAAACCAACUGUGGCCGUCCCUGUGGACCUGUUUCCACACACUCCUCACUGUGAACUAGUGCUUGUGUUUGAGCGAUAGUAGUUGUUUUGGAAUUCAUUCAGAUAAAUGACUUUUUAUUCAUGCCAUUAAAUG